UCCCCCAAGCCCCACCCUCGAUCCUCCCCUUUAAGGACUAGCCCAGGACGCAGAGCAGCCUGUGACGCGGCCGCCGCCCCCGGGCUGGUACUUCUUGGCGCGGCGAUUUCCCACCGGCCGGGCCCCGCCGUCCCGCGUUCCCCGGAGCGCAGGUCUCCGGGGGGAGGGAGCAGGGCUGGUGGGCGCCCGCGGCGCACAGCGGGACCCACGGGGCCCCGCGACCCGCCGAGCCUGGAGCCGGGCCGGGGCGGGGCAGCCGGCUCCAGCCCGGAGCAAACUUCGCCGCCGGGCGGGGCGUGGCGGGGACCCGGACCCGAGCCGGAGGAGGGGGCGGCCGCGGCCCCUGCCUCUGCGCGCGAGUCCCCGGGCACCAUGCUGUCGGGCUCUCCGGGCCAGACCCCGCCGGCGCCGUUCCCCAGCCCGCCGCCGCCCGCCCCGGCCCAGCCGCCGCCGCCGUUCCCCCAGUUCCACGUCAAGUCGGGCCUGCAGAUCCGAAAGAACGCCAUCACCGACGAUUACAAGGUCACCAGCCAGGUGCUGGGCCUGGGCAUCAACGGGAAGGUGCUGAGGAUCUUCGACAAGAGAACCCAGCAAAAAUUCGCCCUGAAGAUGCUCCAGGACUGUCCUAAGGCUCGCAGAGAGGUGGAACUGCACUGGAGGGCCUCCCAGUGCCCGCACAUUGUGCACAUUGUGGAUGUCUAUGAGAACCUGUAUGCUGGGAGGAAGUGUCUGCUGAUUGUCAUGGAGUGUCUCGAUGGUGGAGAGCUUUUCAGUCGGAUCCAGGACCGAGGAGACCAGGCAUUCACAGAAAGAGAAGCAUCAGAAAUCAUGAAGAGCAUCGGUGAGGCCAUCCAGUAUUUGCACUCUAUCAACAUUGCUCAUCGGGAUGUUAAGCCUGAAAACCUCUUAUAUACUUCCAAAAGGCCCAAUGCCAUUCUGAAACUCACUGAUUUUGGCUUUGCCAAGGAAACCACCAGUCACAAUUCUCUGACCACUCCGUGUUACACACCAUACUAUGUGGCUCCGGAAGUGCUGGGCCCAGAGAAGUAUGACAAGUCCUGUGACAUGUGGUCCUUGGGUGUCAUCAUGUAUAUUCUGCUCUGUGGGUAUCCCCCCUUCUAUUCCAAUCAUGGCCUUGCCAUCUCUCCGGGCAUGAAGACUCGUAUUCGAAUGGGCCAGUAUGAAUUUCCUAACCCAGAAUGGUCAGAAGUAUCAGAAGAAGUGAAGAUGCUUAUCCGGAAUCUGCUGAAAACAGAGCCCACCCAGAGAAUGACCAUCACAGAAUUUAUGAACCACCCAUGGAUCAUGCAAUCUACGAAGGUCCCUCAGACUCCACUGCACACCAGCCGUGUCCUAAAGGAGGACAAGGAACGAUGGGAGGAUGUCAAGGAGGAGAUGACCAGUGCCUUGGCCACGAUGCGUGUUGACUAUGAACAGAUCAAGAUAAAGAAGAUAGAAGAUGCAUCCAACCCUCUGCUUCUGAAGAGGCGGAAGAAAGCCCGUGCCGUUGAGGCUGCGGCCCUUGCUCACUGAGCCGCUGUGUCUCCCACCCCACUGGAGGACAAGCAAUAACUACAUGAAUAUAUUUUUUAAACAAAGAGACACAAGUUGCCCACUGCUGCCUCCUGUUCUCCUGGGCUUCGUGGAGCCCAGAAAUGCCUCCAGCGUAAUUCUGCCUUUGGCUCUGGCCUCUCCAGAGAUGGAGGCUGGAGGAUGUGUGAGGAGGGGUGAGGUGCUCUUGAGCCCAUGCUCCUUUUGCAUUUUAUCUGUAAUUUGGCGUAGAAUUUUUAUGGAAUCUUUUUUGUUGUCUUUUUCCUCACUCCUCAACCUUUCACCAGGUUUUCCCAUCUGCAAAUGCUGGGGCUUACCCAAGGGUGUUGUAGAGGUUGUUACAGAAAAUGUCCCUGGGUUGUCCGUUCCAUCUGUCCUCCCUGGCCUCCUACUAUAACCUGAGGUUCCCAGGCGCUAGAAUGUUGGAGCUCCAGGGAGAGGGGGAAGGAGCGGCCAUUAUUUGCCUUCUGCCGAGACCCUUAGCCAUCACCAGUGUGCACAAGAGAGGGAUAUGUUUGUGUACAUGUUUGUAUGCCUGGGUCCACGCCAGUGACCAGGCUUGGGAAGGUCUAGGGAAGGCAGGGCUGCAGGGAAUCCUGCUUAAACUGAGCCUGCCUAAACUCCUAGGUAGCAUAGUCUAGAUCUAGAGCCAGGUAGUCAUAGCCUCUGUGUUAGCUGGGCAGGGGAGGCAGGGAGGGGUGCAUGGGCACUGGGCAGCCAUUAGGACUGGUCCCCUCAGGACACCUUUCCCUAAACUAGUGCUGGUUCUAGGUCUCUGAGGCACUGAUCCACUGAGUAGCCUCUGCUUGCCCUUCUUGCCAUUAUUAACCCACUCUUGUUGAGUUCUCUGAAAUUUUUAGUCAUUUCUCAAUGGCUGACUCUCUGCUCCCAUGGGUGAGCCUGGGAAGGUUCUAUGCCUGGAAAGGCAUUUGCAUUUCAUGCAUCUCCCCUGAUCUCUAGGGUACCUGCCGACCUCCCUUUGGCAAGGGCAGGACCACAAGUGGUCUUCCUGAAUUUCCACCACGUGGCCUGGUGGGUGGGACAGUCUUCGCACCAAAGAUGUAUUGACUCUGUCUCUGCCCACUAGCCACCUUACCCUCUAACUACUCCGCCUGGGUGGGGGCUCCCCAGGAUUGAGGAGGAGCAGGUGGGGAAGAGUCUUUGUGCCAUGGUCCCCCAUGCCCCUCCUACUGGAGGAGGGGUGGCUCCCUCAGGGGUUGGUGGAGGAGGGGCUCCUGGGCAUCUCUGGGCCUUGGGGCAGGGCCCAGAUGUCUGCAGCUCCUCCCUUGUCUUUGAUGGUGUGUUCAGCACUCAGACUGUUGUAAACUGUUGUUUUGUAUGAGCAAAAUUGUCUUUACUAAACAAAUUUAAUAGUUAAAA